GUGGUUUCGCAUUAAUUAGUAUCAGUUAUAAGAUUAUUUGCUGUCGUUGUUUUAAAGUUAUAUUGAAUAAGGCCGUAGAAAUGGAUCUUACAGAGAAAAAUUUGACACCUCUCAUGAAACCUGACCAUAGACAUGACGAAAACGGAAUUGCUUCGAAAAACAGUUCACUAUUGGGAGGAAAGGCACCACAUAGGUCUAUGUCAACAGAGAGUGGAAAGAGUAUCAGGAAGAAGGACAAGGAAAACCAGAUCUACAAGUCUGCUAUCUGUCUUUUCGGGUUCUUGAAUAUUCUACUGGUGGUACUGAACGGUCUAGCGGUGUUCUACCUGGCCAGCGAGAAGGCACCACCUCAACCAACCUCCCGACUCUGUGUCCGAUGUCAGGAUAUCAAAGGGCACCCAGACGAUGUUAAGGCAUGGGAACACAUUGUACAAGAGAACGAUACGUGUUGCCUUGACGACCCCAAACAUCUCAACUAUCUGGUGGAAUAUUACACAGAACGAUGGAUGAAAACACGCCUUACGAACAGCAAUAAAACGUUUCAAUACUGCAAGGACCCAACACGUGAUGAAUUCCAAGCGAGACCUUCCAUUAAAGUCAUGGGCUUCAGCGAACCACAGAUACAUUCUGAGCAUCACCGCAUGCACUGGGACCAGAACCAUCUACUUGCCCUUGUUCCCGAUCCUAAGAAGAUACAGUAUUUGGAAGAUGACGCGCAAAUUGCGAUAAAGCAGGCUGGCUUAUACCACGUGUACAGUCAGGUUCAUUUUGACCACAAACAGAACAACGACAGUCUUCAGCCUGUGGUCUUCUCGCACAUGAUUUACAUGAAGAAAGCAGGGACUUCCACAGGCGAUGGAACCAUCGUAAUGCGGAGCCGGGAGACAGAGUGUGACAGCGAGGAUCCACGGGUUGUGGGGUCAAGCUACCUUGCUAGUUCCCUGCAGCUUGAGGAUGGGGACAGGCUCUACGUCAAAGUAUAUACAAAAGAUGACGUCCUGGCCCAGCCACAGAUGAACUUCUUUGGGGCUCACAUGCUGUAGUGACGGUUACUUGUUUCGUUUCAAUAAAAAUAAAAACAAACCUUAGGUAAACCGUACGCUGCUUAAAAGUGGACAGGUACACCCCGUCAAGUUACGGACAGAGUAUAUGCGAUAAUUUUUAUUGAAACUAAAUAUAUAUUUUACACAAAAUUAGAUUGUUUAUUAUUCAGAUUUGUUUUUUUCGAUUUGAUUAUGUGAAAUCCCUAUGUUGUGUGUAUUUUAGUGCCAAAAAAAAGGAGGUAAAAUAUAUGCGCCGAUUACCUUUUUAUUGUCGAUUGCUAUGUCGUUCGCCUUAGGACGUGAUCUCAUUUUUUAUUAGCCGCAUCCUUAAAAGUCAUUGUGCAAUUAUCUAUUCAAGAAAAAUAGAAGAUAAAUAUAUUUUAUAUAUAUAUAUACGUGUUGAAUGUAUUUUAAUUGUUAAAUAGAACUCUUUCAUCAUCUUCUUAAUUAGAUAACCAUUAUUUAUGCAAAGUUGUCCUAUAAUUAUCAUUUACAUUUUAGCCACCUUGUUAUUGCUCGAUUUUAUGUAUUUAAAUUGUAUUUUUAAUGUUGUAAACAAACUGCUGACCACCCAGUGGGCACUGGGGUUACCGCCGGUCAUUCUGUUAUGCCAGGGUGCUCCUCUGGUGAUUGAUUAGCGUUUCACCUGUCCUUUGGUGAUUGGUCGGACAUUUCUCUGGUCCGGCCGUCAUAAGUCAGUUUGGAUCACGUGGGCAUCUCCCGUUUACUAUGUAAAAAGCGUUCCCUUCAGGAUCAGGUACUUGACUGUUGACGUCGGUUGGGUUAAAGAGCUCCCGUAAAUCUCACCGGUUGACAUUACGUAAAUUAGAUAGGGCUAGUAGUUUGACCUUACAUAACUAACAAGUUGUUUUAACGAUGGAUAGAAAAUUGUUAACCUAAUAUAGAACAAGUUGUAUCCCAUGCAGCUUAACUUUUUAUUUGAUAAACUAUACAUUUUUUUGAUGUACAUGAUUCCAAUAUUCAAGCAUAUAUAAACCUUUAAUCGUUUAACCCAGUGUUCGU